CCUGCGUGUCCCUCUACUCUGGGGCUGGUGUAAUCUCUAUUCCCUGCGCUAGCAGGGAAGGGGCGUGGCCUCACCUCUCGCGAGACCGCCUCCUGUUGCCUUUGCCGCUGCUCCUGGCAGCUGACUGGUCGCGCUUGCGCAGCCGCCAUGUUCGGUUGCUAUGCUGCGGCCUAGGAGACCGGUUGUGCUUGAGGGAGGAGGAGGAGACGGAGACGGAGGAGGAGGAGGAGGAGGAGGAAGAAGAGGAGGCGGAGAAGGAGGGGGGUGACUGAGCGCCUCUUGCACUCUCACACACAAAUCCUGCCCAGGAUUGCCCGCCCGCUCCAGGCGUGCUUCGCGCUUUUCCGCUCCUCAUCCCCCCCCCCCACAUUGUUCUCUCAGGACUCCUGGGUCCCCAGGGGCUGAAACUGGGCCUGAGCUGGGGCGGGAAGAGAUUUGGCUUUGGCCGGAGGGUCAGAGAUCUGGGGCCAGGCCCCCCGCCCCAGAUCCCCUCCCCCACGUCGCUUUUUGGGGGGUGUGGAUUAUCUCAUCCCCGCAGGGAGGUGGGAGAGGGCGCCCGGCUGCCCGCCUCCCUGCCACUUCCCGGGCGGCGCUGGCCCGCGGCAGCCCCGCAGCAUGAGGUGGUGCUGGCGGCUCCCGGCCGUGGCACGGCCGCCGCGGCGGCUGCUGCUAGGGGAGCGCUGAGGGAGCCCCCGGAGCGGCGCGGCGCGGCGCGGCAGACGCGCUUCUCCCGGGUGCGUCCGGGCCUCGAGGUUUUUUUUCCUAAAGCCGAGAGGACGCGGCUGUGAUACGAAGAUCUUGUGUGGACAGUAAUGACCUCACGUUUCCGAUUGCCUGCUGGCAGAACCUACAAUGUACGAGCAUCAGAGUUGGCCCGAGACAGACAGAAUACAGAGGUGGUUUGCAACAUCCUUCUUCUGGAUAACACUGUACAAGCUUUCAAAGUUAAUAAAAAUGAGCUGGGACAAGUUUUGUUGGAUAUAGUCUUCAAGCAUCUUGAUUUGACUGAACGAGACUAUUUUGGUUUACAGUUGGCUGAUGAUUCCACAGAUAACCCAAGGUGGCUGGAUCCAAACAAACCAAUAAGGAAGCAGCUAAAGAGAGGAUCUCCUUACAGUUUGAACUUUAGAGUCAAAUUUUUUGUAAGUGACCCCAACAAGUUACAAGAAGAGUAUACAAGGUACCAAUAUUUUUUGCAAAUCAAACAAGACAUUCUUACUGGAAGAUUACCCUGUCCUUAUAAUACUGCUGCCCUUUUAGCUUCAUUUGCCAUUCAGUCUGAACUUGGAGACUACAGUCAGUCAGAAAACUUGCCAGGCUACCUCUCAGAUUAUUCUUUCAUUCCUAAUCAACCUCAAGAUUUUGAAAAAGAAAUUGCAAAAUUACAUCACCAACAUAUGGGCUUAUCUCCUGCAGAAGCAGAAUUUAAUUACCUGAACACAGCACGUACCUUAGAACUCUAUGGAGUUGAAUUCCACUAUGCAAGGGAUCAAAGUAACAAUGAAAUUAUGAUUGGUGUGAUGUCAGGAGGAAUUCUGAUUUAUAAGAACCGGGUACGAAUGAAUACCUUUCCAUGGUUGAAGAUUGUGAAGAUUUCUUUUAAGUGCAAACAGUUUUUUGUUCAACUUAGAAAGGAAUUGCAUGAAUCUAGAGAAACACUACUGGGAUUUAAUAUGGUGAAUUACCGAGCUUGUAAGAAUUUGUGGAAAGCAUGUGUAGAACAUCACACAUUCUUCCGUUUGGACAGACCACUUCCACCUCAAAAGAAUUUUUUUGCACAUUAUUUUACAUUAGGUUCAAAAUUCCGGUACUGUGGGAGAACUGAAGUCCAGUCAGUUCAGUAUGGCAAAGAAAAGGCAAAUAAAGACAGGGUAUUUGCAAGAUCCCCAAGUAAACCUUUGGCACGGAAAUUAAUGGAUUGGGAAGUAGUAAGCAGAAAUUCAAUAUCUGAUGACAGGUUAGAAACACAAAGCCUUCCAUCUCGAUCUCCACCUGGGACUCCUAAUCAUCGAAAUUCUGCAUUCACACAAGAGGGAACCCGAUUACGACCAUCUUCAGUUGGUCAUUUGGUAGACCAUGUGGUUCACACUUCACAAAGUGAAGAUUUUGUGAGUCAGAGAUCUCCAUCAUCUACACAAGCUAAUAGCAUCAUUCUGGAAUCAUCACCAUCACAAGAAACACCUGAAGAUGGGCAACCCCCAGCUUUACCACCUAAACAAUCUAAGAAAAAUAGUUGGAACCAAAUUCAAUACUCACAUUCUCAGCAAGAUCUGGAAAAUCAUACUAAUGAAGCAUUUGAUAUACCAUCUUCCCCUGAAAAAUCUACUCCUAAUGGUGGUAUUCCACAUGAUAAUCUUGUUCUAAUCAGAAUGAAACCUGAUGAAAAUGGAAGGUUUGGAUUCAAUGUAAAGGGAGGAUAUGAUCAGAAGAUGCCUGUAAUUGUGUCCCGAGUAGCACCAGGAACACCUGCUGACCUCUGUGUCCCUCGAUUGAAUGAAGGGGACCAAGUUGUACUAAUUAAUGGUCGGGACAUUACAGAACAUACCCAUGAUCAAGUUGUCCUAUUUAUUAAAGCUAGCUGUGAAAGACAUUCUGGGGAACUCGUGCUUCUAGUUCGACCCAAUGCUGUGUAUGAUGUAGUGGAAGAAAAACUAGAAAAUGAACCAGACUUCCAGUACAUUCCUGAGAAAGCCCCACUAGAUAGUGUCCAUCAAGAUGACCAUUCCCUGCGGGAGUCAAUGGUCCAGCUAGCUGAGGGGCUUAUUACUGGAACGGUCCUGACACAAUUUGAUCAACUGUAUCGUAAAAAACCUGGAAUGACAAUGUCUUGUGCCAAAUUACCUCAGAAUAUUUCCAAAAAUAGAUACAGAGACAUUUCGCCUUAUGAUGCUACACGGGUCAUUUUAAAAGGUAAUGAAGACUACAUCAAUGCAAACUAUAUAAAUAUGGAAAUUCCUUCUUCAAGCAUUAUCAAUCAGUACAUUGCUUGUCAAGGGCCGUUACCACACACUUGUGCAGAUUUUUGGCAAAUGACUUGGGAACAAGGCUCCUCCAUGGUUGUAAUGUUGACCACACAAGUUGAACGUGGCAGAGUUAAAUGUCAUCAGUAUUGGCCAGAACCCACAGGUAGUUCGUCCUAUGGAUGCUAUCAAGUUACCUGCCAUUCAGAAGAAGGAAAUGCUGCCUAUAUCUUCAGGAAUAUGACACUGUUCAACCAAGAGAAAAAUGAGAGUCGUCAACUCACUCAGAUCCAGUACAUAGCCUGGCCUGACCAUGGAGUCCCUGAUGAUUCAAGUGACUUUCUGGAUUUUGUUUGUCAUGUACGAAAUAAGCGGGCUGGCAAAGAAGAACCUAUUGUUGUUCAUUGCAGUGCUGGAAUUGGAAGAACUGGGGUUCUUAUUACUAUGGAAACAGCCAUGUGUCUCAUUGAAUGCAAUCAGCCAGUUUAUCCACUAGAUAUUGUAAGAACAAUGAGAGAUCAACGAGCCAUGAUGAUCCAAACACCUAGUCAAUACAGAUUUGUAUGUGAAGCUAUUUUGAAGGUUUAUGAAGAAGGCUUUAUUAAACCCUUAACGACAUCGUCAAAUAAAUAAGAAAAGAUCUGAAAUACAUGUUGGAAAACUGCUAUUCAUUAUAUUUCAUUAUAUUCACUGUGCCAUGACACUGCUUGCAGGAAAUGGCAUCUCACAAAAAAAUGAAGAACUAAAAAAAAAAAAGAACUUUGAAAACUUCAGCACUGUUGCACUUUAUGUUUUAAAAAAAAGUCAACCCUUCAGAAUCUAUAACUCAUGUGUUGGAAGACUAUUUCAUGCUUUGCUCCGAACAAAUAGUGAAUAACUGAGUAUGUUCAGGGUAAUUUAUGAAAAUUUGUGGUGGUGCCAUACAGUCCCCUUCUGGUAGAAUUGCCACAAGCGAGGCUCAGAAUCCUCAUCAUCUUUGUUGUACACCUGUAUUUUGAAAGCAAAAAGAAGUAAAUAUCAGGAGUCAGCUCUGGCUUUCUUUUUUCCAGUGGAUCAUGUACUUACUAUACUGAUUAUCAGAUUUUAUUUUUAAGAUUUUAGCAAUAUCAUUCUCAAUAUUAGCCAAUACACUGCCUAUGGAUGCAGCACAUCUUUCCCUACAUGCCCCCUCUAGAGACCUGCUGUUCAGAAGAAGAAAGGUGGAAUUUGCUAUUCCCAGGAAAUGCUGCACAUUGUCCAUUUACCAGCAUCUUAUAAAAAGUAUAGAUAUGAAUCUACAAAUUUUCUUGAAUUUAAUAAUGUAAUUAUAUUUAUCAUAAGGUUGGCUUAUUCCAAAUCAUGUGAUUUCAUAUACUUGAUGUAAAGGAAUGCAUGCAUUGUGUCUUAACCCCUUAAGUGCCUUGAGACAUCUUUGUAUGUCUAAUGAAAGGCACUCAUUUGACCCCACUAGGAGGUAUGUAAGUAUAUUGUACAUUCUUACAUUUUUAUGCAUUUUGAAUAAGUUCACAUUUUAAAAACAGGCUUCUUGUAUUGAGAGUUAUGCAGUCAAAAAAGGGUAAGGAAAUUCUAUUUCUUACUCAAUACUUGUAUUUUGCCAUAAGAAGCAAAAAUACUUCGUGUUCUACUGAGUGCACGCUCUGCUGCUACAGAAUUGUUCAAAAUAUGCACAUUCCUUUACUGCGGGACAGGGGUUACAGUUAAGCAGCUCAACUUAAAAAGAUGCUUUAUUCUUCAAAUUUCAUAUUUAUUUUAUCCCUGACUUUAGAAGUGGCAUCUGAUAAAAUACUGGGACUCUAAGCUAUAGAGCAAUUAAUUAAUUUUGAUUCAUUCCUAUCCAUAACUAAAAUAUUUCUCCUUAGCAUUCAUUUUAGUUAAUAUGAAGCCUUUUUCGCACUGGUCUUUUGGUUGGGAUUCUUCAAGUGAGAAAUAUUAUUGAGUCUAAAUAUAACCCUUCCUUAACUAAAAUGAGGGUUUUCUUGUCACUUUGUGUACAAUUAAAUUAUUUCAGUUUAUAUAUACUUAUUAAAUUAUAAGCAUGUUAUAUAAGGAGUCUUUUGAUUAUCCAGUCUGAUUGAGGAUCUGAUUCCCAUUAAGGAUAUAUCUGUUUCCCUCUUCAGGUGUUUUGGAUUUCAAGUCUACAGAGAUGGAACUUUAAUAUUGCCCAAUUUAAGUGAAAAUUUGCAUGUCUAUUUAAAUAUUAUUUUACAUAAAUAUUUUAUAUGGA